AUGCCCGGAGUUGUAUUUAAACCAGAAGUAUUGAUAUUAUAUCAAAACGAAUGGGAUAUAGCUGAUAAUACGCCUGAAUGGGAAAAGGCUUCUAAAAAAGUGAAUUUUAUUCAUUAUAGAAUUACAACAGUCCAAGAUUUACAAGAGUACUUACAGGAAUGUGGUGCGAAUGUCCUUUGGGUGACUGACGAAUUCGUUUCCAAAUUUGGGGGACCAAUGGAGUUUUAUGAAUACCUACCAUAUACCUUAAAAUUAAUUGUAGUUCCUUGGGUUGGUUGUGAGUUUUUAAAUAUUCCUAAAUUGAAGGAAAAACAUAUCAGAGUAUGUAACAUUGGCCCAACUGCGGCUGAUGAUGUUGCAGAUGUGGCUUUAUAUUUAGCAAUUAGUACUGCCAGAUUGACUUCUUUUUGGGAAAUGAAUUUAAGAUUCAUAGAAAAAGGUAAUAUUCCAGAAUGUAAAAAAUAUGUAGGAUCUUCAAAAGUUAAAAAACCUAUUACUAAUCCAUUAGAAUGUGAUCAAAAUCAAAUUGAAAAGAAUCGUUUUUACUUAGAAAAUUUACCAAAAAAAACUGAUGAAGCACCAUCAGAAGAUGAAUUACCAAUUAAUAUUGCUCAAAAUUAUUCUAUUGGAAAUAAGAAAAUGAUUUCUCUAAGAAACAAAACCGCAUUAAUAAUAGGGUUUGGAUCAAUAGGAAAACUAAUAGCUGAAAGAUUGUAUCGUUUAUAUCACAUGAAGAUUAAAUAUUAUAAGAGAAAAUUCCCAACCAAUUUCUUAUUUGAUUAUAGGCCCCAAUUUUGUAGUUCAUUAGAUGACAAUAGAACUUGGAGCGACGUAGAUUUAAUCGUUUUAGCUUUACCAAAUAACCCAAGUACAACAAAUAUCAUCAAUGAAAAAAGAUUAAAUCUCUGUAAAGAUGGUGUUCGGAUUGUAAAUGUCGGCAGAGGUGAAUGCAUUGAUGAAGAUGCAUUAAUUGAUGCAUUAGAUGAAGGGAAAGUUGGUAGUUGUGGAUUAGAUGUUUUCAAAAAUGAAUCCGAACAAAUUAAUCCAAAAUUAUUAAAUCGUUGGGAUGUUACAAUACUACCCCAUGUAGGAAGUACUGUAGAAGAUUUAAUUUAUCGUCAAACGAAAAUAACUUUGAAAAAUAUUGAAGAUGUCCUACAGAGAGGUGGGAAGGGUCUUUAUCCUGUUGAAACAUAA